UGCCACCUAUCGUACUGGUAUCCACUCCUAAACAUUUAAAAUAUUUAAACUUCCCAACAGUUGAUAGUAGGCCGUUAUUUUGGAAUGAAAGAUUUAACUGAAUUUCAACUUCCUCGUGAGGGUGAAGUUACCCUCUGUGAAGUCGAUGGACAAGUACAUUCUUUACAGUAUAGUUGUUACAGAUCUUACGACGUAGACGCAAUUACAAAUACUGUGAAAAAACAUCCUAAAGUUCAUAUAACUCGAGACAUAUUGCAACACAUGACUACAGGAGACGAUGUUAGAACGUUUUUCGUUGAAACAGAGGUACCUUUUUUAAAAAAAUUAAUCCAAACGUACUUUGAGUGUGGAGUCCUUGAAACACUUCAUGUUGCAUCUACAGGAAAUAAAUUUGUAAUUUCAGACCUAGCUAGAGUGGUUCUGAAAUUAUUAGACGCUACUGAAUACGUAAAAAAUAAGUGGAAAAUGUCCUUUGUAGAAUUAGAACCUCAUACACCUAUUGUUUCACCUUUAAGGAAUGUCCCAUUUAGCAAUAUAAAGUGUAUAUCAUGGCAUCCCCACUGUCUCAAAAUAGCCGUUGCUUGUUCAGAUGACACUGUUAGAAUUUACUAUGAUAAUGGAUCUGUUGGACCAAUACUAAAAUAUAAACAGCAGAGAAAUAUCAGUUGUAUUGAAUGGAGACCCUUAUCAUUUUCUGAAAUUGCUGUUGGUUGUGAUGCAGGUGUUUAUGUAUGGAAUGUGGACCCUUUUGUAGCUAUUACUCGGCCUACUAUAAGCAAUGCAACAUUACUACAUCACGAAAAUCAUGUUCCUAUUGUAAGUUUGGCAUGGAGUCCAAGAGGUGAUUUACUUGCCACUUGUUCAAAUUUAGAUUCAACUGUGCUGGUGUGGAAUGUUGAAAUGAAUGAAAAUAGUUCAUUGAAAAGACCUGGAAGUACUGGCAAUCAUAUUAUGAAAUGGUGUAAAUCUGGUGCCAAAUUAUUAAUCACUGCUUGUGGGCCUAAGUUUAGAGUUUGGGAUUGUUUACUAUGGGAAUCUGAAUUGUGGGAAAUAAAUUCUGGAGAAAUUGCAGCUGCUUGCUGGUCUCCAUGUGGGUCAGUUCUUUUAUUUGCUACUUCUGAAGAGCCUUUUAUUUAUUAUUUGUCUUCUACAAGAGCAUCUGCCUUUAAUACUAAAAGUACUGGUCCUAAUGAGGCUAUACCUAUUGUUGACUGUAGUAAAAUUGAAAGAAAUGGGACUAUUGUAGGAGGACUUGUUAAGGAUAUGGAAUGGGAUCCGGAAGGUCGACAUGUCGCUGUUUUAUUUCAAAAUACCAAUUACGUAGCUAUUUUUAGAACAAAGGUCCAUCCUGUUUUACAAAUUUUUGCAAGUGUGUUUAUUGCUGGUGCACCCGAAGAGUCACCUUGUCUGAUACAAUUUCAGAAAAACUUCAAACAUGGAGCAUGCUUAACUGUAGCAUGGUCGAGUGGCAGACUUCAACAUUUUCCGAUUGUAUAUUCAGUAGAAUUUGAAACAACGCCAAAUUACUCUUUAAGCACAUCAUUGUUUUAAAUAAAUCUUCUAACUAAAUUGUUACAAUAAUUUAUUACUUAUAACAAUAUAUUUUUUUAA